UGCUGGUUUUUUUAAACUGCCAAUGUCAGGUAAUUGCUGACUGGGCGUAAAAUACCACCAAAGUGAUCCAUUUUACAGCGAAAUAUUUACAAAAUUUCAGUUUGCUUGAGAAAAAACCGAACCACAAUGAGUUGCAGAGGACGGUGCGGUGACCCAGAAGAGAUGUCACCUUCAAGAGAUUUGAACCUCCCUGGUCCCUCUCACAGAACAGUUCACGUUUCAAUAGAAGGAAGCCCGACGCGACCUGAGCCGGUUGGGGGUAGUUACGCCGAGUAUUCGGGUUACGGGAAUACGCGGAUUCCCCCUUCUGCUAGAGCUUCCACUCCAGGACCGUACGGCUAUUCCAACCAGUAUGAUGCAUUUGGUUCUCAAAUGGACUAUAACUUAAACUCGAUGUCAAAGGACAUAAACUUGCUCGAAUUGCUGGGUCAGUCCAACGGUAGGCUGACUUCCCGGAUUCGGGGUGCAGAUCAAAACAUAUCGCAAACCCCUUCGACGAUUCAUCCACCUCCUGCAGAGGCCUCGUAUAUGAACGCAAAGCCGCUUCUCGAGACAGAGCAAGCUGCUCAAAACGAAGCCAGCGCCAAUGCAAAACGCAAUGAACACGAACGAAGAGAAUCCCUUAUGGAGUGGUUUGACCGUUCUGUGGAGAAAGAGUUGAAAAACCAGAAGACAGCCAGUUUUAAUGCGGGACCACAAUUUCCGCCGCCUUUAAUUGCCGUUGACGAACCCCAAUUGAAUUUGUCUAAGGGCACUUUACAGAGAAUGUCGGGAGCGACGGCCAGCCAAGUGGAGAUGCUCUUCGACCUAAGGAAGGAACCUGAUACAGAACUGACCGAUGCAGUCGAUAAAUUGGCAAAAGCUGAGCAAAUGUGUGAAUUUGCUGGCGCAAUACAAGCAGCAGAAGCUGCGGCUGUUGCAGCACCUCCCGACCUCGUAGAAGAAGCGGCUCUUGCCAGUGCUAGAGGUUACCAAACCGAUGUCAAAGCUACUCGAGUACAGGGUGAAUUAGAGGGAGCCCGACCCAUUGAAAUUCUUGGCUAUGUUGGGGUCACUAAACCUAAAUACCCCACCAAAAGAACGUAGACGCAAAUAAUUGCUUGGCUUACUAUUUUAUACUUAUAUUAUUAAUUCCGGUGUGUUCACCGAUAUUUCAAUGUUCAUAGAUUUUUUCCAGUCCAACAGAAAA